ACUUGACAAAAUACGAAGGAUAUUGCUGGAAACAUCACAAGAUAUUGGUAAAAGUAUGUAAAUCCCAACGAUAUGGCAGUAAACGGAACUAGAUUAGAUUUCCCAUUUAGAUUUUCAUUCUAAAUGAAGUGCGCACCUCCCUAGUUAGUUGGUUUUGUGUCUUCCCACGACGCUUUGCUGGCGUAUUUUUUCAAAAUGGCGGACGUCAGAGAGGUUCCUGUCCAAGUCAAAAUUCACGUCCAAGAAAUCGUCAAGGUUGAAUUUGAGAUCCAAAAUAAUGUUCAAAACAUACGAAAAUGCCAAGGGCCAUUAAGUCAACUGAACGACUUAAAUUUGAAAGUCAGACAAAAGAUCAAUUCUUUGAGGCAGAAAGUUGAGGGACUAGAGCAAGUGGCAUUUGAACAAGACAAAGAAUCAGACAGAUUAGCAAUAUUAGCAGCCAUGCAGCAUCAUAAAAAAGAACUGUUAAGCAUCCUCUUCUUCCCAAGUUAAAGUUACACAAGAAGAGUAUAAAGGUUUAUCAGGAGUAAUUCAGACAAGCAAGAAUCUUCUGAACAAAUAUAACAGAAGAGAGGUGACAGACAGAUUAUUGAUUUUCUUUGGACUUGUGCUCUUCUUCUCUACAGUUCUGUACAUUUUAAAAAAACGGCUCCCGAUUUUUGGGGGCUAAAUCUCUUAUUUUGUUCGUGUUAUAGUGCAUAAAGAAAUAAAAUUUUAUUAUUAUCAUUUCAUAAAGAAUGUUUGAUAUCAGAAGUACAUUUUCUGAACAUAUUUUACAUAUUUAGUGGUUGAAGUCUAAUUUUCAGGCAGUCUGUCUUAAUCCUCUGCAGACAUUAAAAUGCUACCUGUGGGCUUCCAAUGAUCAAAAUUUCUUUCUUUUCAGUCUGUGUCAUGAUAUUCUAUGAUUUUCAUUGAGUGAGGUGCAAUUAAGAAGUUUGCUGUUUAUGUUUUGACAUAAAAAAGUCAUAUUGUUGUCAUGGGCAACUGGCUCUGUUUCCAGUGGCAAUAUGAGUUGUGACCUCUGUUCAUGAUGCACCGCUCCUGAGUUUCAAGUCACCAUUGAAAACGAGGAACGAUGCUUGUGACAGCUACAUGAUUUUACAAUAACCACCCUUUCACCAAUUUUUUCCGUGCUUCACUUAACUGAUAAAUUCCAGUUCUUCCACUACAUUACUGUAGAAGAGGGGGCAAAAUAAGUUAAAAUGGGUUUAAAUGCAUUAGGUGGGACUAAGUGCUUUUAACUUUUUUUGACCUGUGAAAAUACAAAAUUAAACCCCCAUGAACUGUGAAUUUUUUGCUUUACACAAUAUGUGAACCUAAAAGUUAUUUAAAUGUAUUGCACAAAGAUCAAUCCAGAGYAAAAAAAUUUUCAUCUGAGCAUUACAUUAAUUGACUCAACAAAAUCCUAAAAUCCUAAAGAGAUUCCAAUUUACAAAAAGUCUUAUUUACAAUAACUAAUUAAUCUUUACAGUCCUACAUACAAAUCUUUCCUUAUGAAAUGAAUAAAAACAAUAAAUUAGCUUGGAAACGCCUUCUGGAAUAAAUGAGUUUUAAGAGCCUUCUUGAAAGCAUUAACUGAAGAUAUAUUUCUAAUAAAAUGGGGAAGAUCGUUCCAUAAUUAAGUUUA